AUGGGUUUUGCCAGAAAAUGGAUUAAUCUUAUUCUGAAAUGUGUCACUUCAGUUAGAUACUCUGUUAUCCACAGUGGCCAUAUCAUGGGUCUUAUCAAGAAGUAUGAAGCAGACAGGAUCAUCCAUGGGUGUCGUGUGGCUAACGGGGCCCCCUCUAUAACUCAUAUGUUUUUUACUGACGACAGUUAUUUGUUUUGCCAAGCAACUCCAAGUGCUGCUGAUAGUAUGAAUAGACUCCUUCACUCCUUUGAGCUUGCUUCUGGUCAGCGAGUCAAUGCAACCAAGUCUUCGAUAUUCUUCAGUCCUAACUCUGAUGGCGUGGUUAAAAAUCAAAUUUGCUCAACUCUUGGAACGCCUGAAGCUACUGAAGGCUCCUUCUACUUGGGACUGCCGAAUAUAAUUGGUAGAAAGAAGACUAUUAUUCUUGGCUUUCUUAAGAAUAAGAUCAUCAAUCGCAUAAAUAGUUGGGAUGGUAAGUUUCUUUCUCGUGUUGGCAAAAAGAUUCUAUUAAAGACUGUCAUUCAAUCUCUUCCAACUUAUGCCAUGAGUGUGUUUCUGAUUCCUCUGAAAAUCUGCAAUGACAUUGAGAAGCUUAUGGCAAGCUUAUGGUGGAAAACAAAAAGUACUAGUGGCCAAGCUAAGGAAGGGUGGUGGUUGUUAUGUUCAGAUUCUUCUCCUGUUAGUCAAGUCUUUAAAGCUAAGCGAAUCAUUGGCACAGGUACAGCUACAAGCAUUCUUGCUCAUCCUUGGCUUCCUGAUGAUGACAAUCCUUUUGUAUCCACCACUACUUCCGGCCUCACCCAUCAUAUGGUCAACUCACUUUUCCAUGUUCAAGAUAAAAGUUGGGAUGACUCUCUUGUACGAGACAUGUUUAACGCCAAGGAUGCAAAUCUGAUUUUGGGAAUUCCUCUCAGCUUCUCUGCUACUGAUGAUCAUUGGGCUUGGAUUGGUGAAAAAAUAGGCCAUUAUUUGUCAAAUCAGCCUACAAAUUGCUACAAAAUCAGAAGAAUAACCGACAUGGGGAAAACAACUCUGGGUUUUGGUGCAAGAAAUACUUUAGUUUGGGAUAAAAAAGCUUCUUUCCCUUCUCAGGUUGUCACUUCUGCUUGGACUACUCUUGAUCACUGGUUAAAAGCACAAGAUAAAACAAGUUUGUUAUCAUCUUCUAUGUUAGGUGAUGCUUGCGAUUCGGAAGGCAGGAUCAUUGAUUUUGUGGCUAAGUACUCUCAUGGGUCCUUCUCGGCCGAGGUUGUUGAGGCUUUAGGAGUUAAGGAAGCACUUAGUUGGCUCAAAGACAAAAGUUGA